AUGCUUUCUCGCUCUCCAUUAGAGCUCGGGAAAAAAAGACCUAUCACGGAAGAAGAAGAAACCACAGAACUAAAGAGAAGCAAAUGGGAUACAAGAAAAUGGGAUACUAAUGGUGCCAUUCGAAAAGCUCAGCGUACUGGUGUCUAUUUUGUUGAUCCAUUAACGUUAAGUGAACCGCUUCUUGAUAGAAUUCGGGAGGGUGAAUUUAUGGCAUUAUAUGGUGCACGUGCCACCGGAAAAACUACACGGGUGUUUAGAGUUAUGGAACAAUUGGAAGAAGAAGGCUAUAUUUGCAAAUAG